AUGGCAAGAAGAAAAUAUGUCAAACUUCAUCCAAAUUUAGUUCAGUCAGAGGCUUUAGCCAGUGAUGUUGCUCUGACUUGUUAUAAACAAGGCAUUUUAAAGCACUAUAGUUCAUUGCAAAGGGAUAUGAGUAAAUCACUAAAUCCCAUUAUGAUUGAUAAUCAGCCCGAAAUCAAAUGGUCAAUGAGACCGUAUUUGAUAGACUUUUUGGUUGAAUUGCAUAUAUUUUUUGACUUAUCCCCAGAAGCUCUCUAUAUUGCUUCUACAAUCGCUGAUAGAUAUUGUUCCAAAAGAAUCGUGUAUAAAAGACACUAUCAGUUGUUGGUUGCUACAUCUUUAUGGAUUGCUGCUAAGUUUCAGGAUAAGAAAUCUAAAAUCCCUACACUCAAAGAACUUUACUUACUUUGUUAUCAAAUAUAUGAACCUCAAAUGUUCAUUCAAAUGGAGAGACAUAUUUUAACCACACUUGAGUGGUCUAUCGGAAACAUUUUCACUGUUUAUGAAUGUUUGAAUAUCAUAUUCGAUCAAAGUAAUUUAUUUUGUAAAGGAAAAAUUGAAGAGGAUCAAAAACUAUUCCAAAUGACUUCAUUUCUCUUGGAUUUAUCCUUGUAUCAAAGAGACUAUCUUUUUUUUAAUUCUUCAAUUAGAACAAUUUCAGCACUUUUACUUUCAUCAACAAUACUAGAUCAAACUAUCUUCCCAGAUUACAUUAAGUUAAUUAUUGAUACUAAUAGGAUCAGUCCAAGUAAUGAUAUGUCAUCAGCUAUAGACAAUGUGGAAUUAAAUGAGUUUUUAUUUAAAUAUAUCGCUGGCGAUAAACCUAAUGAGGGGACUGAUUCGAAAUUAUCAUUGGAUUUCAUUAUUAAUGAUGAAGCUUUAAAUAAUAUUAGAAAAUGCUUAUUGUUAUAUUUAAAUGACAUCUUUAAAGAAAGAGUUGCAUUAGUUAAUUCUUCUAUUAUUAAAAAUCAAUCUGAUAAAUAUAAGAUAUCAGAAGUUCUUUUUAAGAAAUAUGAAAAAUUGUCUAUUAAAGAUUAUUUAGAUAUCUUUAUAUCUAAAAGAUUGGAAAUAUAUAUCCAUUUAAAGAAUUUGAAAGAAACUAAGGAAAUUAUGAAGAAGAAUAGUUCAUAUAUCCAACCUUGGUUGACAAACUCAAUUAAUAUGUUUAUUGAUAAUUUUGCCGGUCUUCAAGAAAUUUGCUAUGAAGAUGAAGAUCCUCUAACUAAUAACCCUGUACAUACUAGUUGCAAUAACACCAUUCUCAAAAUGGGAAUGACCAGCUUAUUAUCGGAUAUUAGUACCAAUAUACCACAAAGUCUUAGAGUUCAAACGCCCGUUGAUCUUAGUGUUACUACCCCAUUGAUUAAUAGGUUUGCAACAUCAAUUACUCCAGUAUCAUUGAGAUCGACAUCAUCAUUAUCCGAAAACUCUUUAUCUGAAUCAAUAUCAAGAAACUCUUCUAUUUUCUCUCAACCUUCAUAUAGAAUCGAGUCACCAAAUUACAUAGAUACAAUGACACCAGUGUCAGCCACAAUUCCUGGUAUUUCUUCCGUCAAUAUUAAUAGCAAUAAUGUGCAUGGAUACACAAAACCAAGAAGUAAAACAAUAAACUAUACUAGCUAUUUACAAUUUAAGAACUCAACUUUGAAUAAGCACAGUAAUACCAGAUUGAGUACUGGUGAAUCCACGAAACAACAUCUAAAUAGUAGUGGUCCUCCUACCCCAUCAGUUGGUAGACAUAAAUAUAAUGCAUCGUUUUCUAGCAUAGGUUCAUCUAAUUUGUUUUCUAUCGAUCAAUCUCCUGUGCUUAAAUCAGAUAAGAAAAACCAUUUGCGUGCAGAAAAAGGUUCUUUGGGAAGAAGUAAGGAUUUUGCGGCUAUAGAUAAUUGGGGUUCAAAUGAGACUAUUAUGGACUCAAUAGAUCCAUUACCAACAAAAUACAGAACUACCAGACCGCAAUUUAAGCAACAUUGUAAAUCUCGCCAUACUACAAUAAAUGGCAUUCUAGAUUUGGAUCAAGUAGCUCUAGAAACGACAGAAUGA